UUAAUUAUUUGUUUUUAAUUAAAAAUAUAGCUAAACACAUCAAUGCAAUUUUUUUAGUUAAAACAGUUCUUAAAUUUUUCAACUAGCCAAAUUUUGUACACUCUACAUGAGGGUGAAAAAAGAUGGAUAAAAAUGACGAAUCAAUAUUUACCAAAUUUCUGUUGUAAUUCUUUCAGAAAAUCUUCACACCUUGUUACGACGAUAUCAUGAUUGAAAAGAAAAGAAAAAAAAAAAAAAAAAGAAUAAGGAAAAGCCCUUCGGAAGACCUAUGCAGAAAAUGAAAAUCUAAAUUUAGAUACAAACUAAACUAAUGCUUCAAAACUUGUAUGCUUUUGGACUAAAUUGUGAUAGCAAGUUCUUUUCUUAAAGGUAAUUAUGAAUAAUAUGAUAAAAAAAAAAAAGAAGAAAAAGGAAAGGAAAUAGAGAGAAGAGUCGGAAACUUUUCCUUUUGGCACAUUGUAACUUUAGUUAAGUAUUAAGCAAAGUAGCCAAAGCUCACACACACACACACACAUACUCGCACUCUAUUCUUACUCUCACUUCAAAGAAGAACAAGAGCAAAAACUAAAAACACACAACAUAGAGAAUCGAUAAUGGAGGAAAUGACGUCACGACCUCAACUGAACCCUCGCAGCACGCAACCUCCUUUACCACCGCCACCGUCACGACGACCCCAUAACAACCAUCACCGUCCUCUCCCGCCGCCACCGUCAAGAGCUCCCUUCAAUCUUCACUCCAAUCCCCGUUCUCCUCCAUUCCCAUCCACCGCACCUAAUCCCAACACUCGCAACACUCGUUAUCCAUCUCCACCAUCUCCGCCGUCCUCUCGUCGGCAACAUUUCGGUUACGGAGCGGCAUCCUCAUCACCUUCCUUCCGAGGCUGCUGCUGUUGCCUCUGCCUCCUCUUCUCCUUCAUCGCUCUCCUAGCGAUCGCCAUCAUCCUCGUCAUUGUCCUAGCUGUCAAACCUAAAAAGCCUCAAUUCGAUCUCCAACGAGUCGGUGUUCAAUACAUGGGAAUAACCGCUCCAAAUCUAUUCUCAUUGUCAUCCUCCGACGCCGAGACUGCUGCAACAACUUCAACGACAUCCGCAUCGUUGUCGCUCAACAUUCGAUUGCUGUUCACGGCGGUGAAUCCGAACAAGGUCGGAAUAAAAUACGGGGAUUCGAGGUUUACGGUGAUGUACAGAGGGAUACCGCUAGGGAAAGCGAUAGUACCUGGAUUUUACCAAGAGGCACAUAGUGAAAGAGAGGUGGAGGCGACGAUCGCCGUAGAUCGAGUGAAUUUGCUACAGGCGGACGCGGCGGAUCUGAUAAGAGACGCUUCGUUGAACGAUCGAGUUGAACUGAGGGUUUUGGGGGAAGUUGGCGCCAGGAUCCGCGUCUUGGAUUUUGAUUCGCCAGGCGUUCAGGUGUCAGUGGAUUGCUCGAUAGUGAUAAGUCCAAGGAAUCAGUCAUUGACUUCAAAGCAAUGUGGAUUUGAUGGGUUCAGUUUAUGAUUCUUAGCCCAUACUUUUCUUUUUUCUGUUCUAACCUAAGUUUCUUCUUCUUCCUCACUCUAUUUCUGCUAUUUUAUACUCAACAGAGAUUGGAAUGAUGAGGGAGAAAAAGAAGAAAAAGAAGAAAAAGAAAGAUGUACAAACAAAAAAAAAAAGAAAAAAAAAAAAGAGAACAAGUAGGUGUGUGUGUGUAAAAGUAAUUAACAAGCAAUCCUUCUGUUCAGUACUUUCACAUGGAAUGAGUCAUCCAAAAGCUAGCAAUGGCUUUUUUUUCUGAUUCUUAAUAUUAAAAAAACAAAAGGAAUGUUGAGAAUCAGAAAACUUUAUUCUUUUAUAUUUUGGGAAGUUUUGUAUUU